GUGCUGGUACACUACCUGUCACCUUCCGUUGUCUGGAAGAGAAUUUGGGUAUUGACAAAAGAGUCACUCGUUUUGUGCUCCCAGUCGGUGCCACCAUCAACAUGGAUGGAACUGCUCUGUAUGAGGCUGUGGCUGCCAUUUUCAUUGCCCAGAUGAACGGUGUCAACCUUGACCCUGGUCAGAUUAUCACUGUCAGUCUGACAGCCACCUUGGCCAGUGUCGGGGCCGCCAGUAUUCCCAGUGCUGGCCUGGUGACUAUGUUGCUGAUCCUAACUGCUGUAGGCCUGCCAACCCAAGAUAUCAGUCUCCUGGUUGCUGUCGACUGGCUGCUUGAUCGAUUCAGGACCUCAGUGAACGUGGUGGGUGACUCCUACGGUGCAGGCAUCGUGUACCACAUGUCGAAGGCAGAGCUGGAUGAGCUGGAUGCGCACACGGCAAAGUCGGAUGACAUUGAAAUGAUGACAAAGACCCAGUCUUAUUACGAUGACAUGAAGAACCACCACGAAAAUAAUUCCAACCAGUGCGUCUUAACCGCUACCGAUACCACAACUGCUAGCGCCACUGCUAACAAUUCUGUUGUAGUAGAUGAAUGCAAGGUACAUUUAAUGCUUACAAACAUAGAGACCUGUAUAUAACCCUCUCUCGUGUUGCAUGCU